AUGCCCCGCCUAGCGCUGCGACAAUACAGUUACUAUUACCGCGUUAAUGGUGAGAAAGCCGAACAGCUACUGAAGGAAUACGGCCACGAUGGAGAUUUUCUCGUUCGAUACAGUGAAUCAAAUCCACAAAACUUUUCCAUCUCUGUCAGAGUGUCCGAAGAAAAGAUUCUUCACAUCAAGGUGACAAAGUACGAAAAUGACAUGCUAAGCAUCUUCGAUGAUCAACGAACUACGAACGAGUUCGGCUCAAUCACAGAACUAGUCGAGUUCUACAUGGAAUUCCCUGAAAAACUGCGAGAGAAGGAUGGCAUGUUUCUUGAACUGAAAAAACCUGUCCAUGUACCUUACCAAUUGGAAGCAUGUGCCGAAGAGCAACGACGGACUCAACUCUACCGUUGGUGGCACGGAAAUCUGCCGGCAAGCAGUGCGAACAAAUUGCUUCAGACCGAAAAGAACGGAACAUAUUUGCUACGAGCUAGCCAACACAUUCCGGGUGCUUUAGUGAUAUCAGCGAAAACAGAAGGACAUGUGGUACAUCUGACAAUCUAUCAAGACCCUACGACUGGAAGAUUCAAUAUUGAUGGAGAUAGAACAAAGUUUCAGUCUGCAUGGUUGUUGAUUGACUCCUACUCAAAGAAUCCCAUUGUCGAGAAAGGAGAGGCAAGCAGAGUUUUGUAUUUGGAAGAGCCUUUGUUCAACACAUUCAUAGAAGCAGAUCUCUUUGUUGAUCGUUAUGAAAUCAUCCGAAGGCCAAUCAAUCCCAGAGAGUCGAUGGAGAAAACGGGAAUUUCGGAAGAGUUUGACCGUCUCUCGCAAGAAGCCCUCCCAGCUGAACAAUACCUGUCCAAAAGAGAAGGACGACGACCAAUUAAUGCUGACAAAAAUCGUUACAAGAAUAUUGUUCCAUUCGAUCACACUCGAGUUAUUCUUAACGAUCGACCAAAUAUACAAGGCAGUGACUAUAUCAAUGCGAGUUAUGUCAGAUUUGAAAACAGUCAGAGAACGAAAAACGUAACGUUCGCUUGUGAGAAAUCAUUCAUCGCCACACAAGGAUGUCUAGAUACAACGAUUGCUGACUUCUGGAGAAUGGUUUGGCAAGAAAAUUCUCGUGUCAUCGUUAUGCCAACAAUGGAGAAUGAACGAAAGGAAAAGUGUGCACGGUAUUGGCCAGCCGAAGUUGGUAAACCAGAAGCCCAUGGAGAUAUUUCCGUCAAUUGUACUCUCGAAAGAAAAGUUCAACGAGUUGUGUCUGAUGAGGUUCGAGCUGAAUUGGAACAAGAGAAAGCUAAUCGACUUGCCAAAGGGUUGGUGCCUGAAGCGGAGCUCAAUGGUGAUGGUGUCAGUUAUAUCUUGCGAACUUUGGUUAUCAAGAAAGGAAAAGAUAGUCGAGAAAUACGUCAACUGCAGUACUUGACAUGGCCAGAUCACGGAUGCCCUCUACAUCCUUACGCUGUUCUUAAUUUCUUAGAAGACGUGGAUCGGGAGUAUGACUAUUUCAAUGCUCAGCCAGUGACUGCUACACUUCCACAAGGUCCGAUCGUUGUUCAUUGUAGUGCGGGAAUCGGAAGAACUGGAACAGUUCUCGUUCUGGAUGCGCUUUUGACUCAGGUCAAAAAAGUUGGAAUGCUUUGCCCAAUGGAUGUGUAUAAGAUGGUGAAAUACGUCAGAACUUAUCGAUCAGGUCUCGUUCAAACAGAGCAGCAAUACCAGUUUUUGUACAAAGCUCUGGCGUUCUACUUGAAAACUCAUAAUCCGUACCCGGUCAAAUCAUUUACUGCUGGAGAUGCUGACAGUUUCGAUUACCCAAGACGUUUACGUUCACUUCAAGGAUCUUCUCGUCCAUCUUCCUCCCGACAAGCAACAUCUUCACGUCCUUCCUCCUCAGCCUCUUCUCGUACUUCUCAUUCUCGUCCAAGAACAGGUCCAUCUGAACAUCUACCGGAACGCAGUGUUUCUUCCACAUCUUCACCUUCCACCUUACUCAAGUCUACGAAAAAAUAA